UGAAUCUCAUAAAAUAAUUAAUUUCAAAGAUGUUUUCCACCAUCUUGCUUUACAGUCUUUACUUCCUGAUAGCCUAUGUGGUUUAUCUUGGAUACUUGGCAAUCCUUAAACCAUUCCUGUUCUGGCUGAAGUACAGAAGCUACAAGAAUGUGUACACUUAUCCUUACUUUAUUCCCAUCUUUGGAGAUCUUUGGUAUCAUCUAAAUGAUAUGAAGAACAACAGAGCUCAUUACAAGCAUAAACUUGACUAUGCUGAUGAUUGGAACAAGCAUGACCUCAAGGUUAGAAAUGAGGGAAUCAACUGUGUCCUUCAAAUAAUCUCCAACAAAGCUAUUGAGGAGUUUGUAGCCUACCAGCCAACAAAGAUUGACAACAUCAUUGAGUACAGAGGAAUUACCAAGUGUGUCCCUCAUGGAUUCAUUAAUGCUCAGACCACCAAGAAGACCUUCGAGAGAAGGAAGCUCUUCACUAAUUUGUUGAACCUCAACAAAGCUUCCUUGAUGAUCCCAGGAAUGAUCGCAAGAUGCUCUGAAUUCUUUGAUACUAUUGAGAAAGAUAAGUAUAGCAACUUUGGAAUCAAGAUGAACAACAUCAUCUUCAACAUGUUCAUGAAUGUUCUCUACGGUAAAGAAGUAAUGCCAGUGCUUGCUGAGACUAGAGGAUACAUCAACCCAGACAACAGUAUUGAGCAAGUUAACUUCUGCGAAUUCCUUAUCAGAGUCACCAACAGUCAUGUGCUACAAAACUUCAACCCAUGCACUACUCUCUUCCCAUACUUGAACAAAUACAAUGUCAUCAAUCCAUACAAAAGAGACUGGAAGAACAAGGAUGUACUUUACCUCUGGUUCGAUAAGCUUAUCGAAGCAUGCGUUGAUGAGACUUCAGUAGCCAAGCAAGUCUUCAAACUUGAAGAAUAUACCUUUGAAGAGAUGUAUGAGGAUUUAGUGACAAUUGUUGUUGCUGGAACUGAGACAACCUCAAGAACCAUUAUUUCUAUCUUAUAUUACUUAAAGAAAAACCCUGAGAAGCUUGAACUUGUUAUGGAAGAUCUUGAGAAGCAUGGAUUUGGCCCAGACUUUGACUUCUCAAAACUGAAUGUUGAUGACAUUCUUACUUUGGAGUAUCUCCCAAAUGCCAUUAAAGAAGGACUUAGAAUUGAUUCCCCAGUCGUUGAAGUGUUCAACUAUUACACUUAUGACGAUAUCACAAUUUGUGAUGUUCCAAUUCCAAAAGGUACCUAUGUAAAGCUUGAUCUCUACGCUGGACAUUAUAACCAGAAUGAUUGGUUGAAUCCAAAGGAGUACAUCCCAGAGAGACACGAUCCAGAUUCAGAGUAUUACAAGAAAUCUCUUGAGGAAGGAAAGAAGCCUCAUACUUACUCUCGUAGAAGCUUUGGACACGGAAAGAGAGCUUGUCCAGGACAGACCCUUGCAAUUCUCAAGAUCAAAAUUGUAUUGACCUACAUGCUUUCUAACUACGAAUUUGAUGUUGACGAAGACCUAUUGAAUAAUGACGGAGCCGGAUUUGGUGCAGGAUCCUUGAUUGAGCCCAUCUUUAAGAUCAGAUCUAGAUAA